AUGUCACUACAUCUGUUUGGCUCAGGUAAGAGUGAUGAUCAGGCUAGUUACGCAGGAAGCACCAACAGUGAGCCGGAUGUACCAACAAGAUCGGUCAACAUCAUCCUUGAUCAUACUGCAUUUGUCAGAGGGAUUGGAAACAUAAAGAGAUGGUUCAAUGAAGAGUAUGUCAAGGCAAACCAUUCCCAUGACCUAGACACCAAAAUUCUAUUGAACAUGUACAUUCCAUCGUACACCUUGCACGAGUUUGAUUUCGUCAAAAAGGGUAUCUCAAUGACUGCUACCAAUGCUAGGGAAGCAAUCAGGUUCAUCGACAAGUUCAUUGAAAAGGAAGAACAAGGGACUGUUAGUCUGCUGGGACAGCUCGUCCACCGGAUCUACCUCGAGUCUCCACGCGAGGCAGGACCCAACUGGGAAAAAUGCCAGAAAUAUCAAGUUCAUACCCCGAAAAUCCGUGACUUUCCCAACUUCAAAACCAAGUUCGAUUCCCAUUUGUUGGGUCACCAACCUGUAAUGGAGAGAAAAGGUCACGAUGACCUUGAUGACUUGACUAAUAAUUUUAGCAACUCCUUUUCGUUGAGAGAAAGCCACAAGACCAACGAUAUCCAGUACGAAAACUCGGCAUCUUAUCAGAAUGCCCUAGCAAACUCUGACCAGGAUGCCAUUAUGCCUGCACGUUUGAGGUAUUUAAUCCGCUCGUGUAUAUACAAGCGGUUUAUCGAAAAAUCCGUAAGCAAGAAUCCAGCUGAACAGUGGAAAUUGGUGACUGAAGACCCGAUCACCAAGAUCUGGGCCAGAUGUUUCGGGAUCGACUGUUUCAAUGUCAACGAAACCGAGGUGCUCAUGUUUCAGAACCAUGAUGUCAACCUGAUCGAGCUAUACAACCCACUCCUCGAUUUCUCGGCGCACGAUGAAGGUGAGCACGAGAGUAAUAUCCUUCGGAGCACCAUCGAUACCACCCAGUACAGGUACGAGAGCAUUGACCAGAGACCCAAGUUCAAGAAUGUAGCUGGUGCAAAGGCACGCAAGAGGAAAACCCGCCAAGUAGAUGGGGUUGUCAGAGAAGGUUAUGGAGUUGCUGGCGAUCAGGUCAAGAUGGAGCGUUUUGAUGCCAUUAAUUAUGCUCCACGGGGCACUGGAGAAUUGUGGAAGCCAUAA